AUGCCGUUGGCAAAUUUGCAAGAAUAUUGGUCACGGAGUGAUGCCAGCUACAUUCCUUUUUAUUCGAACAAGUUUACAAGAGACAGAUUCAAUCAGAUUUUUUGGAUGCUUCAUCUAAAGACAAUCCAAAGACAAGAUGCAGGACCACGAACACGCUUACAGCUAGUUAGCUGUUUCCUGGAUUACAUAAAUUCAAAAUUUCUAAACUAUUUUACACCGGGAAGAGAAAUUUGUGUGGAUGAAUCUACGAUCAAGUUCAAAGGUCGGGUCUCCUUCAUUACUUACAAUCCGAAGAAACCGACCAAAUGGGGGAUUCGAGUUUAUACGAUGGCAGACUCAACUACCGGUUACAUCUGUGGCAUUCUUCCUUAUUAUGGAAGUUUGACAACAGACAGCUUGAUAAGGCACGACCUUCCGGUGUCAACGAGAAUACCAUUGCAUCUGUACUCAAUGCUGCUGGAAAAACUACCUGGUGCUCAAGGACAUCAUAUGUUCACCGAUCGUUAUUACACGAGCUAUAUCUUGGCCGAAGAAUUAUUGAAAUUAAAAUGCCACCUUACAGGAACUAUCUUAACAAACAGGAAGCAUCUACCAGAACAAAUAAAAAGAAUAAAAUUCGGAAAAAAAUCAAUAGUAGCAUACCGGAAAAAAAAUACAUUAAUUUUAGCGUGGAAGGACAAAAGGGUUGUCACAUGCUUGACCAACUGGAACAAUGCAGGUAUGACGCGUGUAAAACGAAUUUUACGAGGUGGAGUAGAAGUGACCGUCAAGAAACCUAACGUAAUAAUAGAUUACACCAAACAUAUGGGCGGUGUCGAUCGUGCCGAUCAGUAUGCUUCAACGUACUGUUUCCUAAGAAAAUCACUCAAAUGGUGGCGUAAACUGUUUUUUUGGGGUUUGGAGAUUUGUUUAAUAAAUUCAUAUAUUUUAUAUAAAACCACUAAAGAACAGAGAAGCGAACGGCCGCUUAAUCACUUACAAUAUUUGAAGACAUUAGUCAAGCAAUUGACUGGAGAUUUCCACCAGCCGCGCGACCGAGCCUCGACUUCAACAGCCGAAUCCGACAACAUCCGCCUAAAUGGAAAGCUGCAUAGCAUUCUAACAGGAGUUAGAAAAGAUUGCAAAGUCUGCUCUCGAAGAAACAAGCCCGGCAAACGACACCAAACAACCUAUUAUUGUGACACUUGUCCCGACAAGCCGGGCAUGCAUCUAGGCAGUUGUUAUCUCAAAUAUCAUACAAUGCAAAAUUACAAAGAGUAA